UCUGACUGGCCGGCUUUCGUCGUCGCCAAAGACGACGCUUCUCCUCCCGCCUACUCACCUCUCCUCUUCGACGUGGCCACCGGCGAGCAGGUGGCCAGCAGCACGCGGAUGAACGGCGACGGCUACGGCGACGGCGACGUUGAGUUGGUGGGCACUGCCGACGGCCGGAAGCUGGCCGCGGCCGUGUUGCAACCGGGAAGGCCAGACGAGACCCGCUUCGGUUCUCUCUUCUCGCGCUACGUCCGGCUGGCAGACGAGACCGGCGAACGCGUCUUCAACUUGACGACCGGCGUCGAGCUGACCGGAGUCGAGCUGUUGCCGUACGGGCUGUUUCGUCUGCCCGACGGCGAGACGCGACUGGCCGGCGUCGGGCGUCGAGUCGAGUCGACUUUGUCACGAUUCUUCGAGCUCCACGACUACUCUGAAGUGCUUCAAAACGGCUCCAGCCUUGCCUUCGUCCCCCCGGCAGAUGCGCUCAAUGCCACGCCGCCCGGCUGUCUCUCUCAACCAGCUGUAGGCGACGCAGGCGCCCUGACAACCGGACUCGACUAUCCGAGUCCGGCGUUGUCGGAGCAAGAGACGCGUCAGUGGGAACUGGACGAUGGGGUCGUCGAAGCUCGAGCAAUGGGACGGUUCGUGGCGAUUGGCUCGAGGCGGAGCCAAUCAGAUCGCGUCGUCUACGACGCCCAAUCUGGUGAACGGGUCUCCGGAGUGGACGAGCUGAUGGCGAGACGACAACUGUUUCGUCUGACCAAUGGCAGCCUGCGCUGUCUGGCAAGAGCCUGGGAGGGCAGAUUCGCCGUUCGACGCCUCCCUCCGACGCCGGAAGCCGAUGAGUCCGCCGUCCUCUGCGACACCUUCACCGGCCUCCUCAUGCCCGACGCUCUCCUCCUCCCCGAGGAGAUGGCGCAACUGCCGUCGCCGUCGUUGUUGGUUGCAGUGUCGCCGAGGCUCGGUUUCGCGCGCUACCGACUGCAUAACGGGACGAUGUACGACGUGCAAAGUGGAGACGCGAUGCGGGGCUACCGCGGCUGGGCGGAAUGGGAGUUCGGCGUGGACGAGCGCGGGCAGCGGCCGGUACCGCUGGGCCUGGCCUCAGGCGGACGGUACACUGUGCGUGUGCAUCCGUUGGAGGGACGGCCGAGAGUGUAUGACCUGUGGAGGGGAGAAGCGUUGCCAAUCGGCCCAAAGGCACUCAGUCUCUCGGACGUCGUCGUGAAGACGCCCGACGGAAAGUCGGUGGCGGUGGCCGGCUCGGGAUCGGCGCGAUUUCUACUACGUCGAGACGACGUAUUCGACCGCCUCACGGGAAGUCGGCUGCUCGGGGCAAGUGUCGAGUCUAGCAAAGUCGGGGACCAUGACAACCGUGUGAUUCGCCUGCCCAAUGGAUGCCGGAUUGCCGUGGUCUCGGCCAGCCCACGGGACCCUUCGGGCCAGGCAGCCGCCGAACUGAUGCACGAGCUGGCCGUGGAUGUGUCAAACGACGAGCAGAUUCAUGACGACGGCGACGGUGACAGCAACGGCAACGGCGACGGCGACGUAGACGAGGUGGUAGGGCGAAUGGCUGGCCAGGCAGAGGAGACGAGGGGUCUGGCCAGCAGCGAGGAAGAGCGCAGAAAUGUCAGUCAACCGGGCUCUAGUCAGCUUCGUCCGCGCCCGGUGAGCCCGAAUGCCGCGAGGGGGCUUCUGAAGAUGGAAAGGGUCACGAACCGGGCGGCUGCAAUCGCGCCAAACAGGCCGGCCAGCACCAGCCAUCAGCAUUCGACAAGCAUACAGCCACAAACACACACUCUUACUGAGGAAGAAUAG